GACUCGGUGGCCGCGGCAGUCCGCGCUCGGCCCUCGGUCCCUCGCGGACCCGACCCUCCCUCCUCGCCGGCCCGGGGAGCCUGGCGCCCGGCCCGGGCCGCACCGCCGGGGCCAGGGACGCGGCCGAGAAAUCCCCAACUGGACAUCCAGAGCACCAUUCUUGUUCGUCCUGAGUCUGGAAUUAGAAGCUACCAAGACUUUGUAAGGCCUGAAAGCGCAAUAAAAGAUAUUUCCUGCUACAGAGAGCACUUUAGGAAAGGAAGGCUUCCCAGUGACCUCUGCCUGCUGUCCAUAAAUUGUUCAUUCCCCCUUCAGUAAUAGCCCACACCCUAGUCAUGUGUUUGAAGAGAGGUGGGAUUUAAGAAGACGCAUCCUGAACUGGCCUGGAGCAUUUUGGGGACAUGCCACAGGCUCUGCCUGCAGUUGAACACAAAGACCUGGAGGAGACUCCCACAUCCUUCAGGGAGAAGAAAGGAGGCAGCGAAGCAGAUUAAAGGAACUUGUGGCUUGUGGCCUUUCUGUGCGGGGGGCCGCCUGCAAGGGGAGCAAAGUGCAUUAAAGCCACCGUGGCGGUUAAUGAGCUGUGAGAUGAGGCGCCGCUGCUGCUGCUGCUGCUGACGCUCAGCUUCCAGAUCCAUCUGCUGCCCUUUGUGCUGCAUGUACAUGUGUCUUUCCAGGCCGUCCGGAGGCGCCCAGAAGAGCAUCCAACACGGCUGCCGGGGAAAGACCGCGCACCAUGCCCACGGAGACGCUGCAGACAGGUAGCAUGGUGAAGCCGGUCAGCCCCGCGGGCACCUUCACGUCGGCCGUGCCCCUGCGCAUCCUCAACAAAGGGCCCGACUACUUCCGCAGGCAGGCCGAGCCCAACCCCAAAAGACUCAGCGCCGUGGAGCGGCUGGAGGCCGACAAGGCCAAGUACGUCAAGAGUCAGGAGGUGAUCAACGCCAAGCAGGAGCCCGUGAAGCCGGCCGUGCUGGCCAAGCCGCCCGUGUGCCCAGCCGCCAAGCGCGCGCUGGGCAGCCCCACGCUCAAGGUGUUCGGCCACCACGCCAAGACCGAGAGCGGCGUGCAGAGGGAGAACCUCAAGCUGGAGAUCCUCAAGAACAUCAUCAACAGCUCGGAGGGCUCCAGCUCGGGCUCGGGCCACAAGCUCGGCGCGCGCAACUGGCCGCCGCACCGCCCGGACGCGCCCGACCUGCACCGGCACUCGUUCGCCGAGUCGCUCAAGGUCUACCCCACGCAGGGCCGCGGCAGCCCCCAGGAGAGCGGCUCCCACGUGGGCAGGAGGCUGCUGGAGCAGUCGGCCGAGUCCUUCCUCCACGUGUCGCACAGCUCCUCGGACAUCCGCAAAGUGACCAGUGUGAAGCCCCUCAAAGCGAUCCCCUGCAGCAGCUCCGCCCCUCCCCUGCCUCCCAAGCCCAAAGUCGCCGCCAUCGCCACCAUGAAGUCCCCCGAAGCCGACCCUGUGGAACCUGCCUGUGGAGUCAGCCGAAGACCCUCCCUCCAGCGGUCCAAGUCAGACUUGAGUGACAGAUAUUUCCGAGUGGACGCGGACGUGGAGAGGUUCUUCAACUACUGUGGCCUGGACCCCGAAGAGCUGGAAAACCUUGGAAUGGAAAAUUUCGCAAGGGCUAAUUCUGACAUAAUAUCCCUCAACUUCCGCAGCGCAAGCAUGAUCAGCUCAGACUGUGAACAGUCUCAGGAUAGUAACAGUGACCUUAGAAAUGAUGACAGUGCCAAUGACCGAGUGCCAUAUGGCAUUUCUGCCAUCGAAAGAAAUGCUAGAAUCAUCAAGUGGUUAUAUAGCAUCAAACAAGCUAGAGAGUCACAGAAGGUCUCCCACGUGUAAGAGACAGUGCUGGAAAGGAGGGAGGGGUGGGUGUCUGUCUGUGCAUAUGCAGUUGUGAAGGUUGUGAGGUCUCCUUGAAGUGUUGUGAGCUUCUCCACUCUUUGUGUUGCUUGUUGUGCAAUGUUUUCCAGUUGCAUGCCUGUCAACAUGGGGACUGACCUGGCUUCCACGUCACCAUCGCUGCAGAGCCUGGCUGAACACACUCAUUUGCCAAAACUUGCAGGCCAGAAUCUAAUUAGGGCUUUGCUCUUAAGCAAAACUGUUUACAUGGAAACGGUAUACGAUUUCUUCAAUAUUUAUGUGGUUCUUGUGUUUUUAUAUCCCACGCUAUUGUGUCUUAAUUAAAAGUUUUAUCAACUGGCUUUUAAGUUGAGAGCAGAAUCUUUUUGAAAUAAAAAGCCACUUUGCCUACAUACGAGAACAUGACCAUGGGAAAAUGAACAAGAUCUGCUACCAAACAGAUAGUGACUGACCCCAAAUAGAACCAGGCUGCGUUUUCUGUGGAAAAAAGUGGUGAGCCUGACGUUAAUCGUUUACGUGUUGAAAUUCUCUUGCCACUUAAUGAGGCAAUCGCUGGGGCAACAGUGCUAUGUUUUGUGUCCAAUUCAGUGUGUAAGUGCUGGUGGGUCUGUGUAAUACCACAAGGAAAGAUGAUCAGAUUCAAUGAAGGAUGAUUGAAUCUAGGAGGUUGGGUGUUUGGGGGUUUUGCUGAUGUUUUGAUGUGGGAUAAUUCAGAAAUUUCUAGUAUUAAUCAUUUGACAGAAAUGGCUACCCUAAAGCUGAUACUGAAUGCCUUUUUUGAAAAAGAAAGUUGCGUUUUGUUUUUGUUUCUGUUUGGGUCAAGAACUCCUAAUUCUGUGGUGUUUCUCUUUCUCGCUGCCUUUGUUGUUGUUUUAUUUGGGAGAGGGGAGAGGGGCUUGUGAAGGUUUGAGCUAUUGGAAGAUAUCAACAAGACGGAAAUACCAACCAUAUCAGUAUAGAGCCUCCCGUUCAAAAGUGAAUACACUUGGUAGCUGACCCAUAUCUGAGCAGUGUGAUUCUGCUGUCUCGCAUGUAGUAUUCUCUCAGGCUGUGGAUCUUUGUUACAGCUCUAGGAAACUGUAGAAACAUGACACUAUGUAGCUUUUCCACCCUGUGGUCUCUAGUGCUGCCUGUCAACUUGUCCCUUUUUCCCCCAGUAACCUAUCUUCCAGGUGGUUUAGUUAGCUGUCACCCAGCUGACAGUGUGGUAUGGUAGCAGAGAGGUAACCAUGCCAUGGUUUGCUUCAUUGAUCUUGUCACACUCUGAAGUUCUCAGCAGCACUAUCUUAGACUUCAUCAACUAAUAGGAAACUUUUUAUGGUGUAAAUUCUGUAAGACUUUGUACAUAUUUCAGUUGUUACAAAAUCUAUUAAAAAAAAAAAAAGAAAAAGAAAAAGUUACGCUAAUAAAUAGC